AUGACGAUGAUGAAGAAGAAAGGUACGACAAUUGCGAAGAUCCGGAUGAAAUCAGAAGAUGAAGAAGAAGAAGAAGAUAUGCAAAACCUGCCACCAAAGAAACGAGGUUUCUCCAGAAUAGAUGAUUCUGUGGAGCUUGAAAUGAAGUCUGUAGAGUUAGCUGUAGGUCAAUGUUAUGACACAAAAGAGGAGUUCGAGACGAGAUUGAAGAUCUACGCGGUUGCCAAUAAAAUGGACUUCGACGUGGGACACUCAACGCCCACGCUAUUGACGGUUAGGUGUUGGGUCGGUGGAUGUAAAUGGAGUGUUCGAGCUUUGACGGUUGGAGAUGGAAGACAGUUCUAUGUCAAAACAUACUACGGUUUGCACACCUGUUCUAUCACGAUGCGUUCUUCACGUGCCCGACAAGCAACUCCUGAGAUAUUAGGACGGCUUUAUAAGGAUUUUGUAGGUGGAGUAGGUAAUACAGUUACCCCAAAUCACGUUUCUGAUGCGCUAACCAAACGAUAUGGAAUCAAGGUGGAGUAUUGGAAAGCUUAUCGUGUAUUGAAGUAUGCACGCGAACUAGCGACUGGGAGUUCAGAGGACAGUUACGAGGACCUUCCAUCCUACUUAUACAUGAUUAGACGAGCUAAUCCAGGAACACUCAUCAAGCUCGAAGUGGAUUCGGAAGACAAGUUCAAGUUUAUGUUCCAUGCCUUUAGUCGAGCAUUCAUGGGUAAAUACAAAGGUACACUACUCAUUGCCACAACGCAAGACGGAAAUUUUAAUAUAUUCCCAAUUGCUUUUGGUAUCGUUGAUACUGAGAAUGAUGAAUCGUGGGAAUGGUUCUUUGCACAACUACAUCGAGUUAUACCUGAUGAUGAAGGACUUGCCAUGAUUUCAGAUAGACAUAGAUCUAUUGGGAAAGCUAUAACAAAAAUUUACCCUCUUGCUUCGCGUGGUAUUUGCACGUAUCAUUUGCACAAGAAUAUAUUGGUCAAAUAUAAAGGUGGGGAAGCUUUUCGCCUUGUCAAGAAAGCAGCAACAACAUAUAGGCUUUCAGAUUUCAAUGUCUUAAUGGCACAGAUUCAGGGGUGUAACCGAGGACUAUAUGACUACUUACAGUCUUUAAAUAAGGUCCUUUCAAAGGUUAGAAGUUACCCAAUUGUGACACUAUUGGAGGAGAUUAGAUCGCUUUUGACUAGGUGGUUUGCCAAAAGGCGCCGAGCUGCAAAUGAUAUGGAGACCGAGCUUACUACUGGUGUUGAGAAAUUGCUACGGGAAAGGGUCGAAGGAGCAAAGCAACUAGCAGUGCAAGAAAUCGACGACCAUCUUGCACAGGUCACCGGUGUCUCAUCCUUACAUGUUGUCAAUUUGGAAAGGAAAACAUGUACUUGCCGACGGUUUGACAUCGAUAAAAUACCGUGCGUCCAUGCCCUUGCUGCAGCGGAAGCAAAAAAAAUUUCCUUUAUCAGUUUAGCCCACCCUUACUACCGUAGGUCAUACCUUUCGUCGGCAUACGCGGGGACGGUAAUGCCAAGAGAUGUCGCUUUACCUGUACCUGAAGAAGUGGCUAACAAAGUCUGUAAGCCUCCUUUUGUUCGUAAACCACCUGGUAGGCCAAAAAAAUCACGAAUGAAAAGUGCUUUAGAAAUAGCAAUGCAGAAGAAACGUCCAAGGAAAGAGCACAAGUGUUCCAAAUGUGGCCAAGGCGGACAUAAUCGUGCGACAUGCCAAUCUUGA